AUGAAGAUCUUGUGGUUGCUUGGUGCAACCGCCAUGCUUCUGGCGGAUCCUGUGAUGGCUGCUGGUAGAAAUGAUGGUGAACAUGGCGUUGGAGGCAAGGCGCUCGAAGGUUCAUGGGAAGGAGUCAAGUCGCUGGUGCACGAAGCGAGCAAUUGGAUCCACAAGAAUCACGACGAGGACGAGGAAGAGUCCUUUCUCGAAACAGGAACGAUUGAAGACGGCGCGUUUAUGGAAGCCAUGGAAGAUGUGCAUCCCAAGGUUUCCUUUCGCGGCUCUUCGGGCCAUCAGAGCCGAAAGCUUCACGAAGAAAAGAUGUACGGAGACUACUAA